GUAGAUGAGGGGAUGGACGAGAAAGAAGGGGGGUCGGACUAUUUUUCUGGGCCUCGACUGACGGUGACCGUAGGGGGGCCGGGGGGCCGCAAUCUGAACCCCUUCGCCCGCAUCGGGAACGGGGUGGCAGGGCUACACGAGAGCAGUUCGGUCAAAGCAGACACUCAGCAUGUCUUGGUUGCUCUGACAAUGAGCAUCAACUUGUCCCUCAGUAAGGAAAAUGUCUCAGAAAACCUCACACUGCUGGAAGAGGGAGCAGGCAGAGUCACCGAGUCAAUUGCUAUCAUCAUUAUUGCUAUUUUCAUCUGUUUAGGGAAUCUAGUGAUCGUCCUCACUCUUUAUAAGAAGUCAUACCUACUCACCUUAAGCAACAAGUUUGUUUUCAGCCUCACUCUAUCCAACUUCCUUCUUUCGUUGCUGGUGCUUCCUUUUGUUGUUACCAGCUCCAUCCGUCGGGAAUGGAUCUUUGGAGUCGUUUGGUGCAACUUCUCUGCCCUACUCUAUAUGCUCAUCAGCUCUGCCAGUAUGCUAACACUUGGACUCAUUGCUAUUGACCGAUACUAUGCUGUCUUGUACCCCAUGGUUUACCCUAUGAAGAUUACGGGUAACAGAGCUUUUGUUGCCAUUGUAUAUGUGUGGCUUCAUUCUCUAAUUGGAUGCCUUCCACCCCUCUUUGAUCUAGGACUGUCUCCACAUCUGACAGUUCUCAUGGCAGGGGAGCGGACUUUAGGACACAGCAGCAGCACAGGAGAUACAGGCUUCAGUUGCUCUCAGGAUUCAGGGACAGAUGUUAUGCUGCUUGAAGAUUAUAGUUCUGAUGGAAUUAAUCAUCCACAUUGUGUUUACCCUCAUCGACGGAGUUCUGUAACUUUUGAAGAUGAAGUGGAACAAAUUAAAGAAGCAGCGAAGAACUCUAUCCUCCAUGUAAAGGCUGAAGUUCACAAAUCUCUGGAUAGUUACGCAUCCAGCUUGGCCAAAGCAAUUGAAACGGAUGUCAGGAUCACCUUGUUUGGAGGAGAUGUCCUCUCUGGCUCUUUGUUCCCAGCACGAACUGUGGCAGGCAACAAUGGAAGUGCACGGCGUGGCGGCAAGGUCCACAUUGGACAAAAAAUACAACUACAAAGCAUUGAAGAAGUGAACACUUAAAAUUGCUUCAAUAAAACAAAUAGGAAAAAAAAAACACUAAAACUGAUGCACAGCCAUGAUUCUUUGCAAGGAAAGCAAAACAGGCCCCAGUGUUUUAAGCAAAGCUAUAAAAAUUCCCAAAGAAUCAUCUUAACACAGUAUUAGAGAACAAAGUAACUCAAACUAUUGGGAAAUCAAAACUUUGAAAGGGUUCACUGAUCCCUAAAUAGUAAAGCACAGGUUAUUUCAUUAUUUCGGUGGCAUACAGCAGCAUUUCCCAAGUUGGACACUAUAUAUAAGUGUAGACUUCAGCUGCAAUUUUGCAAACAGCAUGGCUGUGACUGAGAAUUCUAAAAAUUAAAGCAACCGGAACACUCAGGUUGGGAACAGCAGCCAUAGUGUUUCUGGCUGGAUGGUUUUUCUGCUUUUUAAAAACUUUAUAAACACAGUUCACUGUUAAAGUACUCCCAUUCCUCCAAUACUUUAACAACUUUGUCCAGGUACUUAUGAAAAUAAUAAUAAUAAAAUGCAACUGAGGCCUAUCAAAUCUAGUAUUGAAAAUUAGGGUACUUUCACACUAGUAUUUUAAUCUGAAUAGUCACGUUUUGCUAAAUCAUUUUUACAGUGAUCAUCUACAAGGUUACAUUCUCCGUUUACUGUCAUCUUGUAUUUUCUAUAUUUUUGUUCCUUUUCUGAAGCUGCAGAAUGUCCAUCUUUGACACACAACCCCCAGAAAAGUCACACUUUCCACAGUUAACACUGCUCAGGAGAAAUUCAUUAUAAACCCUGCAAUAGCUACCAUUUAAAAACUUUUAUUCCUCAGUUGUUAAACCAAUGGUGAUCAGAAAAUGUUUUAAUCUUUAUAUUAGAUGAAAUACAGCUUGUAUUAACCAGCUUACAAAACACAACGAACACAAAAUAUUUUUCUCUCCGUUAACUUUAUAAUGUUACAACACUGUCAAGCACAUGCACGUGCAUAUGUAUAUGGUUUUUUUUAAGUUGACAUGUUUUUUAAAAAUAAAGUGGCAUACCCUGCAAAA